AUGCAAAUAUGGCCUAUUAGCCCCCCGCAGAAAUUAAGGAUUAAUGAUCGUUUAUCAAAAUUAUCAAAAAAUUCUGUGGAUGGAAAUCAGCUUAUUAAAGCUGUAACAAUCCCUGAGAGAAAUGUGCUAUGCAUGCUAACUCCUACAAGAGUUUUAGUUUAUAACUUUAAACCUUUAGCAUUAAUUGAUUGCCAUGAACGUAGUGAAGCAUCCAUAAAAGAAUUUGGUACCAAUAAAUCAAUAUUUGUAUCCAAGGGCUUAACCAAUACCAUAUCUGGUUUAAUGGAGACUAAUUAUAAUAAAUUAUAUACUUUGCACAAUGGUAAAAUUAUAUUUUAUGUAUUAACAGAAAAAAAUUUUCUAUUAACUUACCAAAUCAUAAGACAAUCGAAUAGCAUUAUUACAUUUAAAGAACUUGGUGUUCCUGUUGUAAAUUAUCAAGAAUUAUCAUUUAACGCUACAGAACAUGAAUAUUUAAAUACUAAUGAUGAAGAUAUAUUAACUGUGUUUGAUAAAAAUAAGAGUUCUAGAAUUAUUCAAAAUGGUUAUGCAAUUACAAAAGAAAGUGGGUUUUUAAAUUUCUUAACACCAACAGAUGAUAUUAAUUUAAGUGAACUACCAAUAAAAAAUCUAGUUCUAAGAUUGAAUGUUAUACUGAAGUUUGACUAUGAUAUCAGUGAUAUUAUUGCAUUUAAAAGAUUAUCUGAAGAGGAUCCUGAAAAAUUUGAAGAAAGUUUAAUAUUACUAUCUGAAAAUAAUAUCCAAGUAUUAAACUUGCAAAAAUUUAAAUUAAAAACUUCAAAAACUUUACCAAUUAAAAACGGAUUAUUUAUUCAUUUAAUUAAUAAUUCAUUAAUCGUUGUUUCCGGGAAACUAACAGAUGGUAAGACCUACCUUCAAAUUUCAUAUGCCAAUUUAAAUGACCAAAAAUUGAGAAGUAUAACUCUUGAUCAAACAACAGAUAAUUUAAUAUCAACAAUUCAAUUUGAUAAUUCAUUAGCUAUUAUUUAUGAAAACCAGAUUUGUUAUUUUGAUAUAGAAAGGAGACAAAUUACUUAUUCUUGGAAACCUCCAAUCGAAAUUAAAAUAUGUAACCAAUUGACAGACAAUGCCUUAUUAAUAAUCUCCAAAAAUAACUCAAUUUAUAUCUUUUCUAAAUUUGGUAAUCAAAUAUUUACUUCAGCCAUUGAUGAUGAUGAUAAUGAUCCCUCUCUGCCGUUUAAUUUUACUGAUUUUGUUUAUCUUGAUAAAUCAUUAAUUUUAACGUCGACCACAGGUGACUAUCUAUUUUGGUCAUUUUGGGAACAGGCUAAAGUAUCUGGAUUAAACUUACGUUCGCCACAAACAUAUAUAAUGACAAACAACCAUAAUGACAUUGCCAUAUAUUCCCCACUCGGUGAUUCUUCUGCAAAUAAUGAUAUAUUUCAAAUUACAAAAUUACCAACAAGAACUAUCAAUAAUUUUGUUUCAAUAGUGAGAAUUAAUUCAAAUAUGAAACUUUUGGCAGCUUGUAUUUCCAAUAAAGAGGUAUUAGCAAUCCAGAACCUUGAAACAAAUGUAUGGAUAAUAUUUAAUGAUCUCCAUAUUCUAGAUAUGAAAUGGCUAGGUAGCACAUAUUUAUUAUGCCAUAUUAAAGAUGCACAUGACAUUGAACGUCUAAGAUGUUACAGAUUUCCAUUGCAAGGUUUAAGAGCUGAGAAUGUUGAAGAUUAUUUAUUUUGGGAAUAUGAAAUCCCAUUUGCAUUAAAAACAUGUGGCGUUCAUGUAAACACUUUAUCAAAAUACAAAUUACUAAAAUUGAAAUUGAAAAAUGAAGAAACUGAAACAAGAAUAAAAGAAAAAAUUUAUAAAACUAGUGAAAUUAUUUUGAUAACUACCACAGAGAUUAUAGUUUUUGAUGUUGUAUCUGUUUUACAUUUAAGUGGAUUAAAUAUCAUUAAGAAAAUACAUAAAUACUUACAUCUGAAUAUUUCUGCAUUGGGUGUUAACCCAAGUACAAUCAAGAUGAUUACAACUUAUAUGGAUAGCUUUUUAUUUUAUGCUGGUGAUUCCUUUUACAAAUUAUUUAAGAAAUAUAACAGACCAGAAGAUAAUUCUACAUCUAUUGAAAAAAAGAAGCCAAGUAUAAUCAUGAAGAAAUUAAUGGAUAAUAUAGAAACUGUGAUUGACAUUUUAAAAGAUGAUAUUCAUAUGAUAAGAGAAAACAAUUUCUUAGUGAUGAAUAUUAACACUCUAUGGAAUAUGGAAAAACCAGAAAUUACAUUGAGUAUCGAAUCAAAUCUUUAUCCAAUCUCUGUUUCUCCUGAAACAGCCACUGUUCAUUCGUUACAUUGUAUAUUUAACACUAGGUUUUGUAGAAUGACCAUUAAACAUGAAAUUUAUUUGGACAAAUUAAUACGCGUUAAAUUAGCAGAUGAACAUAUUUCUGCUAGUGAUAUUACAAAUGAAUAUAGAACUUUGAAGCAUUAUAAUUUUGCAUUAGAAAAGAUAUUAUCUUAUGACAUUAUUGAAAAUCAGCCUCUAGAAAAAAUUUUACAUUUAAUUAAAAUGAGUGAUUAUUCUAAUGCAGAGGAUAUAAGUAGUGUUACCAGUACUCAUGGUAACAUGUUAAAGAUUGUAAGCAAUUGUCUAAGAAAGAUUGAAUCGAAAUAUUGGAAUCGUUUAUUCUAUAGUAUGGACAUGACACCAAGAGAAUUAUUGGCAUUGUGCAUUGAAAACAGCGAAGUUACAAUUCUUGGUAUUCUUCUACUGGUCUUUUUAAAUUAUAAUGAAGCCGAUAUCACAAAUAAUGUCGCUAAAGAUACAAUUAAUGAAGUCCCAGAAGAAGAUGAAGAGGAUAGUAAUACACAUACCCGAGAGACAAGUGCGGAGCAAGAAGAAUCAUCGCGUUCCAAAAGGGUAGAAUUACAAACCAGUUCAUCUUCUGCAUCAGUGCCAUCUUCGCAGACAAGUAAAGAAUCAGGAACAGAAUCAGUUGGCAAUAUUUUACAAGACGAAGAUCUGCUCUUGAAAGUUUUGCAUUUAUUAGUAACUGGUGCGGCUAACUCGAAGGAUCCUACGAAAGCAGCUAGUUCUUGGGAUAUGUGUUUCCAAUUGAUCCGUUUCUUAAGAGCUUUGGAUGAGGAGAACAAGACAAAUUUGGUAGAGAAGGCUUUAAAAGUCUUACAAUAG